AUGGCAACCAAGGAGCUUUGGGCGGCCCCUGUCUGCCCAUAUGCGCAGCGUGCCUGGAUCAGCGUCACAGAAACAGGUGCUCCGUUUGAGUACAAGGUUGUGGACUUGCACGACAAGGCCCCCGAUUUCGUGGCGCUGUACAGAAGGGUGGUGGCGGAUGAGUCGGCGAAUGCAAAGGUGCCGGUGCUGGUUGAUGGGGACCUGGAGAUCACCGAGUCGCCGGUGGUGGCAGAGUAUGUGCUGCGCACUUAUGGAGGCAGCUUGGACAUCCUGCCAGCCGACCCUGGGGCCAUGGCCAAGGCGAAGCUGUGGGCGGAGCUGUUUGGCUCAAACGUGGCCAUCCUGAAGUCAGACACCAAGGCUAAGCUGGCGGAGGCGGAGCAGCAGAUGGCGCGGGCGCUGGCGCAGGUCCUGGACGCCCUCCUGCGCAGCCAGGGCAGCCAGGACGGCGGCGAUUACUUCCUGGGCGGGAAGUACAGCAUUGCCGAGGUGUUGACCACCAGCCUGCUGCAGCGGGCGCUGUCGUACUGA